AUGUCGACAUCACCACCAUCAUCAUUAGCAUCAUUGAACUUGAAAACCUCAACCUCAACCACAGUGGCGACAAUCUCAGCAGCACAGUUAACAUCAGCAACAUCGACGUCAUCCUCACUAAAUUUGCUGCUUUCUUUGGCGUCGUCAUCCUUGUCAACUUACACGCCACCACCAUCAGCAACGUCAUCAUCAACGUCACCACUGUUAUCAGUAGAUAGGAAGUCACACGCUAACUUUUCCUCAACCUCCCUUCUCAUAUCUCUGGCGUCAUCAUUUUCUUCAUCAUCAUCUGCUGUUCUGCUAUCCAGCAUUGCUAACAAUUACGAGUCUCUCAACAACAACAACACUUCCAACUUCAGUGCUACAACUAACAACGAUAAAUCGGAUCACAUUAAUAACAACAACACCAACAUUAACAAGAACAACGGGAAUAGCAGCGACAGCUCAGAGAUCACAGGGAACAAUGACAUUAAUGUCCUCUGCAGCGACAGGCAGGAACACAACAUCAACUGCAUCGCUAUCUCAACCAACAGCUGCAAGAACGAAGUGCAUAAAACUAUUGUGAACGACGCAACUACAAACGUCAACAACAGCAGCAGCAGCGGUUGCACAACUGUUCCUCCUGUUUCGUCUAGCGUAACGAUUUUGAAUGUUGUAGACGCAUUCAACGACAACAACAAAAACAUCAUUCUAAAUAACGCUAAAAAUGAUAUUAUUAACUCAACAACUAAAGGCAACAUUAAAAUCAAAACUAGCAACAUCAACACAAACAUCAACAACAUUUGCAGCAACAACAACAUCAACAGUAUCAACAGCAUUGCCAACGCAAACAUUAAUUUCAAUGUCCAAAAGACUUUUUCUAAUGCACAGUCGAACCUGUUGCUGACUUCACUACUGUUGUCUUCCACGCCACCAUCAUCUUCAUCACUGAUGUUCUCUUCUUCAUCGUCGUCGUCACCAUCACUUCUCCCUGCUUCACUGCCUACCUCGCUGUCGCUAUCAACAGCCAUGCAUAUCGUCGACUGCACGAAAAUGCCAACUGCAAUCAAUUUGUCUUUGCCCAAGUCGAAUGAGGCUAAGACAAAUAAUUCUGUUGAUCAAAACUUGCCACAACAGCAGCAGCAGCAACAACAACAAAUAAGCAACUUAAUCAGUCAACAUCAGAAACAACAACUUCUUGCGCAACAAAAACAGUUUCUGCAACAGCAAAUGAAUCAGCAACAACAACAGCUUCAACAUUUACAAACUCAACAGCAACAACAACAACAAACGCAACAGCAAAUGCAACAACAAUCUACGCCCAAACAACCUCAAAAACGCAAACGCACUGCACCUACGCGAUAUCCAACGGAUGACAAAAUCUUGGUCGUUACAAGCGAUUCGAACCAGCAACAACCACAACAUCAGUUGCAACAUCAACAACUGCAAAUGUUUUUACAGCAACACAAGUUGGCAGCACAUCUGUCGGCACUCCCCGCCACGACAUCCGCCGCUCCACCACCCACCACUCCAACUGCCCUCAACGUCUCUGUGACCCCACUGCCAGCGACGCAACUGUCGCCGUCGACAUCGUCGCCAUCGUCGUCCUCGCCCAUGGACACAUCCACGUCAACUGCCAACUCUAUAAACGACGAUGAUGAGGAUAACGAUGACGAACAGGAUCGAGGUAUCAAUUAUGACCCGGACAGAUUGAAAGCUUUCAAUAUGUUUGUGAGGUUGUUCGUCGAUGAAAACCUGGACAGAGUGGCUCCAAUCUCGAAGCAACCGAAGGAGAAGAUCCAGGCGAUCAUCGAAGCCUGCGACCGGCAGUUUCCUGAAUUCAAAAGUAGAUCGAGAAAAAGAAUCAGAACGUAUUUGAAAUCUUGCAGGAGAAUGAAAAAAUCAAAAUCUGUUGAUGAUAGUAAUGGCAAGCUUUCAACAUCACCAACUUCUCUUACGCCUUCAACAUCAUCCUCUUCGUCGUCGUCAUCAUCUCUGCCUCAUCUGACAUCACCCGCUGCUGAAGCCAUCCUCGCUCUGGCCUGCGACAACGAGAGCCACAACGCCAAGAGGAUGCGCAUGGGAUUGGAGCCACUGACUGCAAGAUCAUUACUUUUUCACUAUUAUUUUAGCAUUUUUUGUAAGAUGAGAUAG